UCAUUGCCUCACCUGUAGAGUCAAACAAACAAAGCAACUCCUGUUGCCUCCCAAUCAAAUGCUGCGACUGUACUUUUUAGAAGUCUUUGAAAAUACAAUUUUGAAAGCUUGACUGUUUAUUUAUUUUUCGUAAUUUCAGCAAUGGAGCCUUGGGAAAGGUUUGGUUAGUUUCUGGAUCGAUUUAUUUUAAAUCAGACCGAUUUCCUCGUGAGAGCUGGAUACUAGUUCGUGUUCUUCCAACACACCCUCCUCGCACAGCCGUCUUUGAUCCAACUUUACAUCGGGGAUUCGGCCUUUGUUUGGUCUCGUACCGUUUAAAGGGCUUCCACUUCUCACAGCAAAGAUGUCGAUUAUGGGUUUAAAGAAGAAACAACCAAAGACUUUUAAAGUCAAAGUUGUCACCAUGGACGCAGAGAUGGAAUUUAGCUGCGAGGUGAAAUGGAAAGGGAAAGAUCUGUUUGAUCUGGUGUGCCGGACUGUAGGAUUAAGGGAGACCUGGUUCUUUGGGCUACGGUACAUAGUAAAGGAUACUUAUGCGUGGCUCAAGAUGGAGAAAAGGGUAUUGGACCAAGAGGUUCCGAAAGAAGAUCCAAUCACAUUUCACUUCCUGGCUAAGUUUUUCCCAGAGAAAGUGGAGGAGGAGCUAGUGCAGGAAAUCACACAGCACCUCUUCUUCCUGCAGGUGAAGAAGCAGAUAUUGGAUGAAGAAAUCUACUGCUCCCCUGAAGCCUGUGUGCUAUUGGCAUCCUAUGCUGUUCAAGCAAAGUAUGGAGAUUAUGACCCAAAUUUUCACAAACUGGGAUUUCUGGCACAAGAUGAGCUUUUGCCCAAAAGAGUUUUAAUGCAGUAUCAGAUGACAGCAGACAUGUGGGAAGAAAAAAUAACUGCUUGGUAUGCUGAACACAGAGGCAUUGCAAGGGAUGAAGCUGAAAUGGACUAUUUAAAGAUUGCACAAGAUCUUGAAAUGUAUGGAGUCAGCUACUUUUCCAUUACACAAAAUAAAAAGGACACCGAGCUGUUGCUUGGAGUUGAUGCCCAAGGGCUUCACAUUUACAGCCCCAACAACAAACUGAGCCCCAACAAAUCAUUUCCAUGGAGUGGAAUUAGAAACAUUUCCUACAGCGAGAAAGAGUUCACGAUAAAACCAUUAGACAAGAAGAAGGAGGUUUUCAAGUUCUACUCUUCGCAACUCAGAGUAAAUAAAUUGAUUCUGCAGCUGUGUAUUGGUAACCAUGACCUCUUCAUGAGGAGGAGAAAGGUGGACUGCAUUGAGGUUCAGCAGAUGAAGGCUCAGGCUAGAGAGGAGAAGGCGAGAAAGAAGAUGGAGCGUCAGAUUCUGGCACGGGAGAAACAGUUGAGAGAAGAGGCUGAGAGAGCGAACGAAGAGAUGGAGAGACGGCUCUUUCAGCUGCAGGACGAGUCUCGUAUAGCCAACGAGGCGCGGCUCCGCUCCGAGGAGACAGCAGACCUGCUGGCAGAGAAGGCGCAGAUCGCAGAGGAGGAGGCCAAGCUGCUGGCUCACAAAGCAGCCGAGGCGGAGCAGGAGAUGCAGCGGCUGGAGGUGACGGCCCUGAAGACCAAGGAGGAGAGGCGCCUCAUGGAGCAGAAGAUGAGAGAGGCAGAGCUGCUUGCAGUGAAGCUGGUGGAGGAGUCAGAGCGAAGGUCAAAAGAAUCAGAUCAUUUAAAGCAAGACCUGAGUGAGGCUAAAGAUGCAGAACGCAGAGCCAAACAGAAGCUGCUGGAGAUAACUAAAUCCACCUAUCCUCUAAUUGCAGCCUACAAUUGCCAUCCUCUGCCCCUUGAUGGUGAAGACCUGAACCUGGACAGUGGAACCGUCAAGAUAGACUUCAAGGACACAGACAUGAAGAGGCUGUCGAUGGAAAUUGAGCGAGAAAGAUUGGAGUACGUGGAGAAGAGUAAAAACCUCCAGGAUCAGUUGAAGGAGCUGAAGACGGAAAUCGAAUCCCUGAAGCUUGAGGAGCAGCAGGCAGGGAUGUUCCCUCUCCGCGGAGGGGAGGCCAGGGCUUACCCCCCACUCAGUAACGUCGGGCACUAUGAUUCAGAAGUUAUCUACAUUUGAAAACCCCAGGGGAGAUUAUGGAAAAAAUCAUACCGAGCGCAAUUCUUCUCUUAUGACUCAGAUGGCCUUCCUGGAGGAGGUCUAAUGAUAACGACUUAUUGCAGAUUAUUAAGACUCAAGGAACACGCUGCAUCACGAUAUUACCUGGAGAACACAUGUCAAGUGCAGUAAAGUAUAACGUAAGGAUCCAUUUGUACACAUGAAAGGUCUAAUAAUGCAUGCAUUUUAAUAGCCUUUGCAGGCCAAAUGACCCCAGCAAGACUUGGGUUUGGACACCGCUGGAGUUUGCCUCAUUUUGUGAAGUUUAUCCCAGUAAGGGUGCAGACUAUAGACAACAACGGGAACAUUGCGCUGGCAAAUGGGUCGGUGUGAAUAACUGUUCAAACCCAUCGUUAAACUGAUGCUGUUCAAAUUUGUUUUGGUGUGAACUGUAACAGCAAAUGCAAAUGUUAAAAAAUGAAUUUGAUAUUCUGUUCAUGCAAACAGUUUCAAAAUGCCGUUCAUCUGCUAACUGCACAUAUCCGUUUGAAGACACGUUGCAGAAUACACUCCUGCUUUGUAAUUUGUCUAGUGCCAUUAUGAUUUUAACUUCUGUGACCUCCUAAACUAACCAGGGAAGUGUAUUACUUAGGUAAAUAGGUAGUGAGAUCAAACUAUCCAUUUAACAUCUACAGCAAUAGUUUAUUGAAUUUAUAAUGCCGGUUUUACGAGCAAUGCAUAAAAUACUCCUAUAUUUCUCUAUUGUUCUGACAGUGCCUAUUAAUUUAUAUGCAUAUUUGUUCAACCACAAAAUACGCUUCCAAGUUUGUAAUUAAUUCUAGUAGCACUUUCCAUUUUAUGAUUUACUUUGACAUUAUUUGAGUUAAAACACUACAAUAUAAUUUUCAAUACACUAUUUUUUAAACACAGUUCAUUACAUUUAGGAUUUUGAUGCAGUACGUAACAAUACCAUUUUUUUAUGUGCAGUUAUUAAAUAUUUUCAGUACUUCAUGAUUUGAAGUAAGUUUAAACGCAUAAUUGUUUACUAUUAUUUUAAAGGGUUAUUGAUUUGCCUUUGUGUGACCAUAUUAACUGCUGCUUCUGGCCUUUGUGUAUGUAUGUUACACAUCAGUCACUACAGUCUGUUUUAAACUUUGCUAUUAAAUUGGCGCUUAUAUCUUU